GAGCGCGCGCGGCGGGCGGGGCGGCGGCAGCGGCGGCGGGGCUGAGAACAGGCCCCAGCUGAGAAAUACUUCCCUGUGUUCCCUGUGACCUCUUGACCUGCAAACUGGGAGCAAAUACACUUCAGGAUGUUCCGGCUGCGCUUCCUGCCCGCGGCCGCGGCGCUGGCGGCGGUGGCGCGGCGUUCCCAGGGCCCGGCCCCGCACCCCGGCACCCGGCGCAGGCUCCUGCUGGCGGCUUUCCUCGGCACCUCUGCGGCCACGGCGAGUGCCAGGUUCCUCUGGCAGAGGGCUUAUGCAGAGGACUCUGUCAGACACGGCCCGAGGGCAGAGCCAGGGGAGAAGAUGAAGCAGGAGGAGGAGGAGGAGAGCAGCAGCAGCAGUGAGGGCAGGAGGGCUGUGGCCUCGGGCGAUGAGGAGGCGCCGGCUGAAGGGAAGAAGAAGAAACGCUCGGGGUUCAGGGACCGCAAGGUGAUGGAAUAUGAGAACAGGAUCAGAGCCUACUCCACACCAGACAAAAUCUUCAGGUACUUUGCCACGCUGAAGGUGAUCAACGAGCACGGCGAGUCCGAGGUGUUCAUGACCCCGCAGGACUUUGUGAGAUCCAUCACCCCCAACGAGAAGCAGCCAGAGAACCUGGGCCUGGACCAGUUCAUAGUGAAACGCUAUGAUGGGAAGAAGCUGUCCCAGGAGAGGGAGAAGUUUGCUGACGAGGACAGCAUCUUCUACGCGCUCGGAGAAUGCGGCCUCAUCUCCUUCUCCGACUACAUCUUCCUCACCACUGUCCUCUCCACUCCCCAGAGGAAUUUUGAAAUUGCCUUUAAGAUGUUUGAUCUGAACGGCGACGGCGAGGUGGACAUGGAGGAGUUUGAGCAGGUGCAGAGCAUCAUCCGCUCGCAGACCAGCAUGGGCAUGCGGCACCGGGACCGCUCCACCACCGGCAACACCCUCAAGACCGGCUUCAACUCCGCCCUCACCACCUACUUCUUCGGGGCUGACCUCAAGGGCAAGCUCACCAUCUCCCACUUCCUGGACUUCCAGCGCAAGCUGCAGCACGACAUUCUCAAACUUGAGUUCGAGCGGCACGACCCGGUGGAGGGGCGGAUCACGGAGCGGCAGUUCGGGAGCAUGCUGCUGGCCUACAGCGGGGUGCAGUCCAAGAAGCUCACUGUCAUGCUCAAGCAGCUCAAGAAGCACUUCCAGGAUGGAGAGGGGCUGACUUUUGAGGAGGUGGAGAACUUCUUCACCUUUCUGAAGAACAUCAAUGAUGUGGACACAGCUUUGAGCUUCUACCACAUGGCUGGAGCUUCUCUUGAUAAAGUGACCAUGCAGCAGGUGGCCAGGACCGUGGCCAAGGUGGAGCUGUCAGACCACGUGUGCGACGUGGUGUUCGCGCUCUUCGACUGCGACGGGAAUGGGGAGCUGAGCAACAAGGAGUUUGUUGCCAUCAUGAAGCAGCGGCUGAUGCGCGGCCUGGAGAAGCCCAAGGACAUGGGCUUCACUCGGCUCAUGAGGGCCAUGUGGAAGUGUGCCCAGGAGACAGCCUGGGACUUCACAGCUCCCAAGCAGCAGUAGCAGGGCUGGGAAGGAGCACCCCCAUUCCCUGGAUCAGCCCCUGGGCACAGCAGGCUGGCACCAGGCUCUGGAGAGCCCAGGCUGGCUGUGCCAGGAGGGUUUUGUUAGAAAUCCACACCUGCUGAAUGUGCUUGCUGCUGGCUCCUCCAUCUUCCUCUCUCUCAGGAACAAGGAAAGGACUUUCACUGCCAGCACCUCCGUGGCACGAUGUGCCCUGCUCCGGAGCUGGGCCCCAAAUCACCUUUAUUUAAUGCUAUGAAAAAUGGCAUGGGGGGUUCUUUUGAUUCUCAGGCUGCUCCUGAGAAAAGCCAGGAAAUUCCUGCAUUCCCUGGAUCCCAGGCCAGGAUUGCGGCCAGCCUAAAGCUGCACCUGCUGCAGAAGGGCAGCUAAAAGCAGUGCAGCUCUCCUGCCUGGCACAAGCAGGAGCUCCCAGGCUGAUUCCCUGCCUGGGGAGUUGUGCUGGGAAGGGCUGGAAGGUGUGGGUUGCUGGGACUGUCCUCUGUACAAUUCCUUGUAAAGAUGUUCCUCCCUGCAGCCUGGCUCUGUGUCUGCAUUGCUCCACAUCCUCCCCCAGGACUGGGGCUCAGGCACUGAACGUGGGUGCUUUGGGAGUGGGGGAAACCUCUGUGAAUUUCCAGAGCUGGAAGGACAAAG